CGGAGCCCGAGCGCCGGGCGCGGGGCUAGGUGACAGCGGAGGCGGCAGCCGCGGGCGGGACGAAGAGAGCGGCGACGGCGCCGACGGCGGCGGGAAGGGCGGACGGGGCGGGUCUGGCUGGUGGCGCGUAGCCUGAGGAGCCCGAAAGCGGGCGGCGGGCGAAGAUCGGGGGUCGGGCACCCGAACUUGAGACAAGUUGCCGGAACCACAGGGCGCCGGCGGCGGACAGAUUGACCUUCAAAGCGAGUGGGAGCAACCGUACUUGUGCCAGCCCACGUUUAAAGACUAUGAGGAGGAGGAUGACUGCUUCACGGACCUGUCUCCUCUCGACUGCAGGGAGCCCGAACCAGCAGCUGCCAUGGCGUCACGCAUCGGGCUGCGCAUGCAGCUCAUGCGGGAGCAGGCGCAGCAGGAGGAGCAGCGAGAGCGCAUGCAGCAGCAGGCCGUCAUGCAUUACAUGCAGCAGCAGCAACAGCAGCCGCAGCUGGGAGGCCCACCCACCCCAGCCAUCAACACCCCGGUCCACUUCCAGUCGCCACCACCUGUGCCUGGGGAGGUGCUGAAGGUGCAGUCCUACCUGGAGAACCCCACCUCCUACCACCUGCAGCAGUCCCAGCACCAGAAGGUGCGGGAGUACCUGUCAGAGACCUACGGGAACAAGUUUGCGGCCCACAUCAGCCCAGCCCAAGGCUCCCCGAAGCCCCCACCAGCAGCAUCCCCUGGGGUGCGGGCUGGACACGUACUGUCCACCUCAGCGGGCAACAGUGCCCCCAACAGUCCCAUGGCCAUGUUGCACAUCAGCUCCAAUCCUGAGAAGGAGUUUGAUGAUGUCAUUGACAACAUUAUGCGCCUGGACAAUGUGCUGGGCUACAUCAACCCUGAGAUGCAGAUGCCAAACACGCUACCCCUGUCCAGCAGCCACUUGAAUGUGUACAGCGGUGACCCUCAGGUCACAGCCUCCCUGGUAGGUGUCACCAGCAGCUCUUGCCCUGCUGACCUGACCCAGAAGCGAGAGCUAACAGAUGCCGAGAGCCGGGCCCUGGCCAAGGAACGGCAGAAGAAGGACAAUCACAAUCUAAUUGAGAGGAGACGCAGGUUCAACAUCAAUGACCGCAUCAAGGAGCUGGGAAUGCUGAUCCCCAAGGCCAAUGACCUGGACGUGCGCUGGAACAAGGGCACCAUUCUCAAGGCGUCUGUGGAUUACAUCCGGAGGAUGCAGAAGGACCUGCAGAAAUCUCGAGAACUGGAGAACCACUCUCGGCGCCUGGAGAUGACCAACAAGCAGCUCUGGCUUCGCAUCCAGGAGCUGGAGAUGCAGGCACGGGUCCACGGCCUCCCCACGACAUCGCCAUCCGGCGUGAACAUGGCUGAGCUGGCCCAACAGGUGGUGAAGCAGGAACUACCCAGUGAAGACGGCCCAGGGGAGGCGCUCAUGCUGGCGCCUGAGGUCCCCGACCCUGAGCCGAUGCCGGCUCUCCCUCCGCAGGCCCCACUGCCCCCAGCCGCCCAGCCACAGUCCCCUUUUCAUCACCUGGACUUCAGUCACAGUUUGAGCUUUGGGGGUGGGGGUGAUGAGGGGCCCACAGGCUACCAUGAUCCCCUGGGGACAGAGCAUGGCUCCCCGUUCCCCAACCUGUCCAAGAAGGAUCUGGACUUAAUGCUCCUAGAUGACUCCCUGCUACCCCUGGCCUCAGACCCCCUCUUUUCUACCAUGUCCCCUGAGGCCUCCAAGGCCAGCAGCCGCCGGAGCAGCUUCAGUAUGGAGGAGGGCGAUGUUCUGUGACCCUGGUUGCCCCUGUGCCAAGGAGCAGGGGCUGCCUGGGGGCUGGGAGGACUGGGCAGAACCCUCCUAUCCCUCAGGCUGCAGUUGGAGUGAAGUAGCCGCCUACCCUGCCUCUCCUUCCCUUUGGUCGGCCCCUGUUUGGACUUAGUGCCUGCCUGGCUGCAGAUGGGCUAAGCCCUGCCGCUCGGCUUAGAGCCCCCUCCUCUGGGGGCAGUACUAUGAAUUGCGAUGUGGAAGAACAAGGGUGAGGUGAAAGAAUAUGAGGAACAAGAAGAAACCCUGGUAGGGGAGCCCCUCUCUCGGAGCCCGGGCCCCUCCAUGAAGGACAUUUUGGAGAAGGUAUAAGAAGUACCUCUGAGGUAGCAGCUGGCCUGGGGGUGCCUAGGCCUGCCUUCCUGGGACUAGAUGGCACCCAGCCUGUCCCCCCCGGCCUGAUACUUCCCCCACAGGUGGGGCACCCACCCCCCUUUGGUGCUAACAGCUCUCCCCUGGCGGUAUGAGGGUGGGGUGGCCAGAAGAGGAGUCUGGGUUCAGGGUGGAGAGUACCCCCGCCCCCAGACCCCCCACUUCGUGCCUUUAGUAAACACUGUGCUUU